AUGGCACUCAGGCAAUUUCACCAGUUGGAACGAAAAUUGGCAUCCAACUCAGAGCUGAGGCAAAGAUAUGUGGCUUUUAUGCGCGAAUACGAACAACUUGGUCACAUGCACCCUAUUCAGCAUCAUUCAGGCGACCCAUCUCAGGCAUACUACAUUCCACAUUUUGCAGUCAUGGCAAAAUUCCAAGUCGUUUUCAAUGCUUCCGCAAAAACAUCGAAUGGCAUAUCAUUAAAUGAUACACAACUUGCUGGCCCCCCAAUACAGGAUUUAUUACUUAACCUUUUGCUUCGCUUCAGGCAGCAUCGAAUAGCAUUCACAGCUGAUGUGGAGAAAAUGUUCAGGCAAGUCAAGGUUGACGAGAGGCACAGGCAGUGGCAACAGAUCCUCUGGCGGGAAUUAUCCGAUCAGCCCAUUCGCACAUAUCAAUUGGCUACCGUUACAUAUGGCACAACCAGUGGCACAUAUUUGGCUGUUCGCGCUAUGCAGCAAUGUGGCAGAGACAAUUUUUAUAAACUCAGAUAA